CGACAGGUGGCACGCCUCUCCGCGCCUCAUUACUUCGCGUGAAAAAUCAAAGUUUCGUUGCACGUGUGGUUGAUCAGCUUUUACGUAUUUAUUGUUUAGAAUAACAUUUCUUCGAUGCACAGCUCGGCUCUGCGAAUUCUCAGACGGUUUUAUGAACCAAAGUUGCUAGCCACUGCACCUGAAGCAAGAACUUGUAUAGAUUUGCUAUUUAUCAGGCACAAAAUGGAAAUAGCGAUGUUGGAUGAUGAAAAGUUGAGAGACUUUGAUAUUUCCGCACAAGAGGAAUUUAAUUCUCUAUCCUGGCUGCGCAUUGUGGCUCCUGCUUUUCCAGUGAAUGGAUCGAAGGUCACUAUAAUUAACAAGCCACAAGAGUUUUAUAACACUUUGUUAGAAAAAUGCAAACGUGCCAAGAGAAAAAUCACAUUUGCCUCGUUGUAUUUGGGUACUGGCAUCUUGGAGACCGAGCUAGUGAAUGUGAUAGAACAAGCAAUAAGUAUGAGUAGCAGUGGUGUACAAGUGCGAAUUUUGCUGGAUUAUAUGAGAGCUUCUCGGGGCAAGCAGAAUUCCCGGAAGAUGCUGGAACCAUUGCUCAAGGGAACGUGUGGAGAUCAUUGUAAGGUCUUCCUUUAUCAUACGCCGAAACUACGUGGUAUAAUGAAAGCAGCAAUCCCAGAUCGUUUUAAUGAGCUUAUUGGUUUACAACAUAUGAAGCUAUAUAUGAUUGAUAAUGACUUGAUCAUUAGCGGGGCGAACCUCAGUAAUGAUUACUUCACAAACCGACAGGAUCGAUACUUCAUCAUAGAAGAUUGCGAGGAGCUUUGCAACUUCUAUAAUAAAUUGAUAGAGAAAGUGAUGGAAUUCAGCUUCUUGUUACAACCAGAUGGCAACACGAGCUUAAAUCCUACUGUAAGCCAUCCUUACAAAGGAUCUGGGAGAGUUUUUACUCAAGAAGCAGCGUCCAAGAUACAGAUGUUCUUACAGAAUGAAAUAAAAAAGAAUGCCGAUCUCGACAAAGAUGCAGACACGUGGAUAUUUCCAUUAGUGCAAAUGGGCCAGUUGAAUAUCUUUCACGACAGCGAAGUAACAUUGAAGCUAUUGCAAACCGCUCCAGCGGGAGCCACGCUCAAAUUAGCGACCGGUUAUUUCAAUUUAACUUCUGAUUACAGUCAAGCUCUACUUAGAGAUUGUCGAGCAACGUGUCAUUUCUUGACAGCUCAUCCCACUGCUAAUGGCUUCUUUAAUGCUAAAGGAAUCGCCGGAGGAAUACCAGCAGCGUAUACUAAAAUAGAGGAAUCAUUUUAUAAUUUAUGCGAAAAAAUGAAUCAGCAAAAGAGGAUAACGUUGUGGGAAUUUAUCAAACCAGGUUGGACAUACCAUGCCAAGGGUCUCUGGUACACUUUGCCAGAUCAACAAAAACCGUCGUUGACCCUUAUAGGCUCGCCAAACUUCGGUUAUAGAUCGGUGAAUAGAGACCUCGAGACGCAAAUAGCUAUAGUGACGAGAAACGAAAAGUUGCAAAAUGCGUUGCACGAGGAGCAGGCACGAUUGUUCUCCUGUGCUAGACCUGUCACGAGAAAGACUUUCUCACAGCAAGAUAGAAUACCACCGGCUUGGGUAUGCGCGGUUGUGUUCUUCUUUCGGUAUUAUUUUUGAGACUAAAAUGCCUUUACGAAAAGGCAAAUUGUGUUCUAAACUUAUUUAAUUUUAGCUGUAAUAUAUUGUACAAUAAGUACUAGAUUCCAUAUUAACAUUUUAUCAAUAUAAAUUAUCCACACGAAUUUUCUUAAUUACUUUUUUAUUUGUAUAGAAUUUUUCAUUAUUUAAAAUUAUUUAUAUCUAUAAAAAGGUGUCAAGUUGUAUAUAUAGAUCAUAAUUAGGCAGGGAAUAAUAAACAUGUUAAAUUAC